GUGGGGCGGAAGUGGCUGGGAAGGGAAUGGGGGUGUUGAAUUUGGAUUUUGGAGGGGACACUGGUGGACGGACUGACUGGGUACUCAGAGUUGCUGUUGAUGGAGGAUCAGGACGCCAGGGUCCCAGCACUGGAACCAUUCAGGGUGGAGCAGGUACCACCUGUAAUCUACUAUGUCCCUGACUUCAUCUCCAAGGAAGAGGAGGAGUAUUUGCUUCGACAGGUCUUCAAUGCCCCAAAGCCAAAGUGGACCCAGCUGUCCGGGAGGAAGUUACAGAACUGGGGUGGGCUGCCCCACCCCCGUGGGAUGGUUCCUGAGCGGCUGCCACCAUGGCUCCAGCGCUAUGUGGACAAAGUGUCUGACCUCAGUCUUUUUGGGGGUCUCCCAGCCAACCACGUCCUUGUGAACCAGUAUCUGCCUGGGGAGGGCAUCAUGCAGCCACAAAUCCCAACCAAGCAUUCACCUUCCUGUCCCCAGUUGGGGAGCCCCACUUUCACCCCCGAGGGUGGUGGGUGUGGACUACUGCCCUGUCCAGCCCUGGUGCCCCCUCCCCAGCCCCACGAGGAUGGGCCACUGUACUACCCGACUGUCAGCACCAUCAGCCUGGGCUCCCACACCAUGCUGGACCUGUACGAGCCUCGGCAGCCAGAGGACGAUGACCCUACAGAGCAGCCCCGACCCCCGCCGCAGCCAGCCACCUCGCUGCUGCUGGAACCUCGCAGCCUGCUGGUGCUCCGUGGCACCGCCUACACAAGCCUCCUCCACGGCAUCGCACCCGCUCGCGUAGACGUGCUGGACGCCGCCUCCCUGCCGCCCAACGCAGCCGCUUGCCCCUCGGCGCAGCCGGGAGCCCGCCUGGCCCGCGGCACCCGCGUCUCGCUGACCAUCCGCCGCGUGCCCCGCGUGCUGCGCGCUGGCCUCCUGCUCAGCAAGUGACGCCAGGUCCCAGGAUCCGGCGGGAUUCCCGGGCUUUCGCCUGCUCUGGACAGCUGCCACCCUGUGACCGUGAAACCCUGGGGCAGAGGCAACUCCUCUCACCUCUCCCGCGGUUAUUUUCCCAGUAACUGUGUGGGAACCAUAGGAAAAGGCCCCAUUACAAAUAAACCAACAACAAAAAAUACCUUAUUUUGGUUUUGGACAUGGCAGAAGGGAGGGGUCAGAUGCUUGGGUUCCUGAGGGGCGCUGCGCCUGGCACUUUAGAGGGAGGGUGUGGGCCAUGGGGGUCAGAUGUAUGGGUCACAGAGUGGAGCAGAAUCCAGGGCUUUUGAGGGGGGAGGGUUAUAUCUGGAGACCCCUUAUGUGGGUGGUGCGAGCUUGGGAGGUUCAGCUACUGGUCUGCUGGGGAGGAAGGAGUUAAGUGAUACUGCUGUCACCUGAGCUGGGCAUCAAAUUACCUGGGUCCAGUUUCCACCUGGGAAGAGCCUGACCCUGGGCUCCUGGCUACCUCAGGCCUGGGUGAGUCCUACUGAGGAGGUCUGGGGGUGGGUACCCCUGGCUGGGAAAAGGGCUCCUACUGGGGAUCCUCA